UUGGGCUUUGGCUGGGUGCCGCGCAAGCUCACGCUUUUCGCGAGUUCUGUGUACACGGCAUCAGCGUCUUGGGCAGUGCUCAUCGCAAUUCCGUUCAAUAUAUCCGCCUGUCCCCCGGAAUACAAGGAUUCCAGUAAAUAAUACCGGUUUUCAUUCAUUCUUUGCUCGGUGAAAUAAAAAUAUUCAGUGGCUCAUAUCAGUGGUCCCCGGUAAUUAGCGCUUGGCUCUUCUCUUUCUGGAGUAAACAACAGAUAUCCAGUGCUAAACAAUGAGUACUCCAGUGAAAAAAGUGCCGAUUCACUUGCAGAGUGCUCAGAAUCGUUUGCUGAUAAAAAAUGGAAAAGUUGUCAACGAAGACAGCAUCACCGAUGCCGAUGUAUACAUCGAGGAUGGAGUCAUCAAGCAACUUGGACGGAACCUGAUUAUUCCAGGCGGAACACGAACAAUAGACGCUAGGGGAAAAUACAUAAUGCCGGGAGGUAUUGACCCGCAUACCCAUUUCGAAUUAGAAUUAAUGGGUGCCAAGUCGGUGGAUGAUUUUUAUCGCGGAACUAAGGCUGCUAUUGCUGGUGGCACAACCAUGAUCAUGGAUUUUGUUAUUCCGAAUAAAGGGGAAACAAUCGUCGAAGCUUACGAGAGAUAUCGCGCAACUGCUGAUGAAAAAGUCUGCUGUGACUACGGGCUUCACGUUGCUAUCACCAGUUGGAGCCCAAGGAUAAAAGAAGAAAUGGCGACACUUGUCCAGGACCACGGAAUCAACAGUUUCAAAAUGUUCAUGGCGUACAAAGAUCUCUUUAUGCUCCACGACGCCGAGUUGAUCGAGGCUUUUUCGAUGUGCAAAAACCUCGGAGCAGUUGCGAUGGUUCACGCCGAAAACGGCGACAUCAUAGCCGCGAACACGAAAAAACUCCUGGAGGCUGGUGUGACUGGUCCAGAGGGGCAUGAGAUGUCGCGUCCUGAGGAAGUUGAGGCCGAGGCUACGAAUAGAGCUUGUAUGCUGGCGAAUCAGGUGUGCUGCCCGCUAUACGUAGUGCAUGUGAUGAGUCGUAGUGCAGCGGAAGCUGUUGAGUCUGCCCGGAAACGGGGGGUUGUUGUGUGGGGCGAAACACUAGCAGCCGCACUUGGCACUGACGGCACCAACUGUAGUCACUCGUGCUGGAGACACGCUGCUGGACACAUACUCAGUCCUCCUCUCAGGCCUGACCAGGAUACACCGCGUGAUCUUAUGGUGAAAUUGGCUAUGGACGGACUCCAAUGCACCGGAAGUGACAAUUGCACUUUCAACGCCGACCAAAAGGCCCUCGGCAAGGAUGACUUCUCCAAAAUCCCCAAUGGUGUAAACGGAGUUGAGGACAGAAUGUCCGUAGUCUGGGAGAAGGGGGUUCACGCUGGAAUUAUGGAUCCCAUGCGUUUCGUGGCGGUGACCAGCACUAAUGCUGCCAAAAUUUUCAAUUUGUAUCCAAGAAAGGGUGUCAUCGCAGUCGGUUCCGACGCCGAUAUUGCUAUUUGGGAUCCUAACAGGAAGCGAAUUAUUUCCGCCGAGACUCAUGCUCAAGCCGUUGACUUCAAUAUUUUCGAGGGAAUGGAGGUUCACGGAGUUCCCGAGUAUGUAAUCGUCAACGGUAGAGUUUGCGUUGACGAGUGCGAGGUAAAGGCAGUACACGGAUAUGGUAGAUUUAUCGAAACUCCAGCCUAUCCCUCGUACGUCUACGACUUGAUUGAAGAGAGGGAGAAGAGACCCAGAGGAGUCGCGAGGAGUGCAGCUGAUGCCAAAAAAUACGCAGAUGAAGACGCUGUGAUUGCAAAGGCACGAGAGGCUGCAAAGACCGCAGCUGCUGCGAGAAUUCAGACUAAUCAAACUAAUGGGACGCAUGAGGUGCGCCCGACCAAACCCAAAUCGAUUUCAGAGAUUUCUUGUGCUCCAACUCUACCGGAAUCCGCUGUUGUUACACCUUCUGCAAAGGGACCUCGCCAGGAGGGUCAACGCAACCUCCAGGACUCAACAUUUUCCAUUAGCGAGGAUGUUGAUGACGCUAGACGAGCAUGCAUUCGUGUGAACAAUCCCCCAGGUGGUCGCAGUGCUGGUGGAUUCUGGUAAUUCAAACCAUAAGCUUCGAUUGGGUACGCUUCUGCGCGAAUAAACAAGUAAAUACAUAAAUAUGCAUACAUAUGAACAGAUCUAUUGACAAAUAUUCCCACCAUGAUUCGUAAUCGACAUGAUUUUGAUGAUCCGAGACAUUGGACUCGCUUCCCAUUUCGCUAACCACCAAAUAUUAACAAUUAAGUUGACCAAAUUAUUACGAAAUUCAUCAAACAUGUGUACAAUUUCGGGAGGCGCCCAAGGCAGAUAUCAAACUUGCAUUGAUUUUCGUUUUAUUGCAUAGAAAUCCACAUUCGCGCAGCGUCAGUAUGUUUUUUACAGCUUCUCAGCAUAAAAUAUUCUUAGCGUAUUCGUUACCUCUUGAAACGAAGCUCGCAUAAUGAGAAUUCGGGCGCAAAUGGCAACAACUACAAAUAAUGACUAAAUAUUGUUAAUUGUUUUGUUUUUUUGUUCGUUUUUUCCAUAUAACGAUGUUCCACGAUUGUCAUCAUAUUUUAUUGAAAUUCGCAUUGACUAGAGUCCUUCAUAUUUAUAGAGCGUUAUAUUGGUGAGCAACGACGUUGAUGAAGCUAAGAGUUGAAAUGUUUUUCAUAAGUAUAUAUGAAAUGUAUGAAUUGUCAUAGUAUAUAAGAAGUAUAACUGGACGAUGUCGAGGGGUAGUGAAUAAACUGUGCACCACAUAACAAUUACAAAUGUGUGAGUUAUACUAUAAUGGGAACAUGGUUCACACAAUGUAGUACACGACACGUACGAAAAAAUUUCGUAGAAAAACGAAACAAGUUCUGUUGGAUUUCUAUUGAACUUUCGAUUCGUUUUUGGAGAAUUCCGAAAUUGAAAUCAAAAUUGAAUUCGGAAUUUAACAGAUUCGGCAGCUCAUUCGUGUUUUUUUUUAAUCGAAAUGUCGAAUGAAAAAUAUUUUAGAGAAAAAAUCGAAUUCGUCGAACUCGAAUUCGAUUUACAAUUCGAUUUUUCUAUAAAACUUAUUUCAUUGGACUAUUCUCUUUAAUGGAUGGAAAGAGAAAUAAAAAUACUGGGAAAAACCCCAGUGGAAAAACACAUGGAACAUAUAAUUUUCGUAAUAGUUCGAUAGAAUUUCUUACAGAAAGCGCUAGAUUUUCCUAUUAAAUUUUUACCUACGUGUACCCCGAUAAUUGAGUAGCUUUUCCAGUUUAAAAAUCGUAAAUUAUCGCGUAACAUCAGAGAUAAACGCACAAUGUCAGUUAACGAGUGAUGAAUAAUGCGUGAAUCUGUUGAAAAAUUCGUCUUCACUCGAUUUCCUUAAAUUAAACGAGAUUACUUCAUCCCCUCAUGCAGUAUUAUUCUGUUUUUUUCUUCGUUUAUUGUUAUUAGUGCAUCACGAAUCUUUUCGAUUUAACGAGUCCUCCCACGUCUCGCAUACUCAGCACCUUUGAUAGUGAACCUGAUCAUAAAAUGGAAAUGCAAGUGUACACGUACACCAUAUCCCCGGAAACAAUUUUCGCUCACCCAUAUGCACGUCUGAUAAACUCUGCGCAUGCAUAAAAUAAUCUACUGAAUUGAAGGCAAAUACUUACCUGUACUGAUAGAGCUAGAUAGAUAUCCUAGUGGAAAAAAUAUUAAGGUAAAAUCAAACUCUAAGAAACAUCAUCAUUGUCGAUUGAGGAGAAAAUUAUCGUUAUAAUUUUAUAUUUUAAUAUUCGACGAUACGGCACGAUCGUUGUAACAUUGAGUCAAAUCUUAUCUCGUUAAUCGAUUUAACAAGCCAGCUAACUGGCAGUCACUGUGGGUAAUUUACUCCAAGCCUAUAUCACUCGAAUGUAUUGAAGUCAGAAGAAAAACAAGAAGCGUAAUUCCUAAGGACUUUUAGAAUAGUGGUACAACCAUUUUCUACUGAAAUUUUAUAUGCUGAACUGAAUUUUUUUAAUCAAAAAAAUAGUAGGGGAGGGGCAUGAAACGGCCGCUCAGCAGAUGAAACCAAUCACAUUAGAGCUCGCGAAAAAAUCAGGAAACCCACUUCAUUCGGAUAAUCUGGGCGAAUUCAACACGUGUCGAAAGAAUAAUGGGAAGUGCAUUGAAUAGUGACGAUAUGAAAAAACAUUGAGCGUGGAUUGCGUAAUCUUGUUAUUGUGUUCACUUAAGUAUUCUUGUAAGCAUCGAUUUUAACGAAUGAAAAUGAAAGGAAUUUAUCAUUGAAAUAUGUACCAAUGAUACGCUAUUAGAUUUGCACGUUUAUUUAUAUCUGUUAUGUAUGUAAUUGCUUUAAAUAAAUACAUGAAUGUGUAACAAUUUCAAA